CCCGGUCGGGGACUUCCGGUGCGCGAGGUGCGGUUCCGGGUCGUGGCGCGGCUCAGGGUAACAGGGCUGCCGCUUGGCCGGACGGCGGCGGCGAGCAGUGGGGGCAUGAGGGCGAGCCGGGAGAGAGGCAGUUGAGCCGGCGGGGAGGAGAGCGCCAGUUCCCGAGGAUUCCCAGAGUUCGGAGCUCGGGUCAGGGGCCGGGAGGCGCGGGGAAGCCGGGUCCUUCCCUCAGGAGCGUGUCCCGGAGCCGACCCGGCCCGUAGUGUGGCAGCAGCUUCAGGUGUGUUCGUGGACAGAGAGGCCCUGUACUGUACCAGGCUCCCUUUAACUGGAUCUUGGCAGAUGGGAGGUGAGCACGUGAAACAAUAUGAAGAGGAGAAAAUAGCCUUUUAAGGAAAUUGGCCCACAGAAAGGAUGGCCUUCUUGGACAAUCCAACUAUCAUUCUAGCUCAUAUUCGACAGUCACAUGUGACCAGUGAUGACACGGGAAUGUGUGAGAUGGUUCUCAUUGAUCAUGAUGUUGACCUAGAGAAGAUUCAUCCUCCUUCAAUGCCUGGAGACAGUGGGUCAGAAAUUCAGGGAAGCAAUGGUGAGACUCAGGGCUAUGUAUAUGCCCAGUCAGUCGAUAUUACCUCAAGUUGGGACUUUGGUAUUAGAAGACGCUCAAAUACAGCUCAAAGAUUAGAACGACUCCGAAAAGAGAGACAAAACCAGAUCAAAUGCAAAAAUAUUCAGUGGAAAGAAAGAAAUUCUAAGCAAUCAGCCCAGGAGUUAAAGUCACUGUUUGAAAAAAAGUCCCUCAAAGAGAAACCUCCAAGUUCUGGAAAGCAGUCAAUAUUAUCUGUGCGGCUAGAGCAGUGCCCUCUGCAGCUGAAUAACCCAUUUAACGAGUAUUCCAAAUUUGAUGGCAAGGGUGAGUGCCUCCUGCCGCAGCACUCCUCCAUUCUCCAACCCCACACAGGUCAUGUAGGCACAACAGCAACCAAGAAGAUCGACGUCUACCUCCCCCUGCACUCGAGCCAGGAUAGACUGCUGCCAAUGACCGUGGUGACAAUGGCCAGCGCCAGGGUGCAGGACCUGAUCGGGCUCAUCUGCUGGCAGUACACAAGUGAAGGACGGGAGCCGAAGCUCAAUGACAACGUCAGUGCCUACUGCCUGCAUAUUGCUGAGGAUGACGGGGAGGUUGACACAGACUUCCCCCCACUGGACUCCAACGAGCCCAUUCAUAAGUUCGGCUUCAGUACCUUGGCCCUGGUUGAAAAGUAUUCAUCUCCUGGUCUGACAUCCAAAGAGUCACUCUUUGUUCGAAUAAAUGCUGCUCAUGGAUUCUCCCUUAUUCAGGUGGACAACACAAAGGUCACCAUGAAAGAAAUCUUGCUUAAGGCAGUGAAGCGAAGAAAAGGAUCCCAGAAAAUUUCAGGCCCUCAGUACCGCCUGGAGAAGCAGAGCGAGCCCAAUGUCGCCGUGGACCUGGAGAGCACUUUGGAGAGCCAGAGCGCAUGGGAGUUCUGCUUGGUCCGAGAGAACAGUUCAAGGGCAGACGGAGUUUUUGAGGAAGAUUCACAAAUUGACAUAGCUACAGUACAGGAUAUGCUUAGCAGCCACCAUUACAAGUCGUUCAAAGUCAGCAUGAUCCACAGACUACGAUUCACAACCGAUGUCCAGUUAGGUAUCUCUGGAGACAAAGUAGAGAUAGACCCUGUUACGAAUCAGAAAGCCAGCACUAAGUUUUGGAUUAAGCAGAAACCCAUCUCAAUCGAUUCUGACCUGCUCUGUGCCUGUGACCUUGCUGAAGAAAAAAGCCCCAGUCAUGCAAUAUUUAAAGUCACGUAUCUAAGCAAUCAUGACUAUAAACACCUCUACUUUGAAUCUGAUGCUGCUACUGUCAACGAAAUCGUGCUCAAGGUUAACUACAUCCUGGAAUCACGAGCAAGCACUGCCCGGGCUGACUAUUUUGCUCAAAAACAAAGAAAACUGAACAGACGUACAAGCUUCAGCUUCCAGAAGGAGAAGAAAUCAGGGCAGCAGUGACACUGGCCUCCAGCCCCAAUCUGUCACCGUAGCUCAGAGCCUGCCUGCCAGGGCCAGGUGGCCCUAGAGCCCACCCUGUGUCCUGCAGUCCUCGGGGGCAGGCCAGUCCCUGGCUCACAGGCACAAGGCCAGGGGGCUCUUGGGGGAAUGGAGCUGGGGACAUCCCCACAGGACUGAAGCCUGAGUGGCAGUGGCUUUGAUGAGCCGUGCCGGGGGCCCGACGACACAGACGGCACCACAGCCAUCCUCACUGCCCGACGGCCCUGCCUGAGGAUGUACAUAGCCAUGCCCAGACGUUUCCUUGCAACUUGAUCAAAUUUCUUAAAACAACCGAAGAACAAAAUUGUACAUUUCUUUUUUUUUUCCUUUUAAUAAACAGGUGUACUCUUUAUCAUG